AUGCCGGGCCUCGUGUCAGCAACGGGCGUCCUCGCCUUUCUCGCUGACGAGGAGCCUGAACUGAAGAUCUUCGCCCUCCAGACUCUGAAUGAUGACAUUGACACCAUUUGGACCGAGGUUGCCAACGCCCUGAGCCAGAUUGAAGCUCUCUACGAAGACGAAUCCUUCCCCGAGCGACAAUUGGCGGCUCUCGUGCUCGCCAAGGUCUACUAUCAUCUCCAGGCCUAUAAUGAUAGCAUGGUCUUCGCCCUGGCUGCCGGCGAUCUCUUCAAGCUCGACGCCCCCGGCGAGUUUGAAGAAACCAUUGUCUCAAAGUGCAUCGACCAGUACAUCUCGGUUACCGCGGCCCGUCAUGCCACUCCCAAGACGGCCAAGAAUAUUGGUCUUCCCGAGCUGACAACCACCUUCUCUCAUGCCUCAGAAAAUGCCAUCAUGUCGCCCACCACGCCUUUUUCGCAGACGAUGCUGCCCCCCAAAUCUCUACUAUCGCGCGCCGCCCUCGACGACGCCUCCAUUGAGGCUUCUCUGCUUCCCCUCAAAGACGGCCGCUCUGGAUCUGUUGCCCAGCUUCCAGACCGUGCUACGGAAAAGGCCCUGCAGAGAAUCAUCGAGCGCCUCUUUGACAGCUGUCUAAAGCAGGGGCGCUAUCGCCAAGUCGUUGGAAUCGCCAUCGAAUCCAAGAACCUUGAUAUUCUCCGCAAGGUCAUCAAGCGCGCCAACGAGGACGAGAAGAAAGCUGCCAAGUCCAACGAUGGUGCUGCUGGACCUGCAGAGGAGCUCCUGGAGUAUACGCUUGGAGUAUGCAUGGAUAUUGUCCAGGAGCGAAGCUUCCGCACUGAGAUCUUGGAGCUUAUCCUUGACCUCCUCAACGAACUACCCAACCCCGACUACUUUUCUAUUGCCAAAUGCGCCGUCUACCUCAACGCCGACGAAGAAGCUUCCACUAUGCUCCAGGCGCUCGUCGCCAAAGCUGACCGCACAUCUAUCGCCAAUGCCUACCAAAUUGCCUUUGAUCUCUACGACAACGGCACACAAGAAUUUCUUGGCAAAGUCCUCUCCUCGCUUCCGUCUGGAGAGCGUGCUGAUACGGAGGACAAGGAAAACGAAAGCAACCCCGAGAGUGAAUCCCUUAUUCAGAACCGGCAAGAAUCCCCCGAGGAUGAGCUUCCUGAGGAAGUCGCCAAAGUUUACCGCAACAUUCGAUCCAUCCUCGAUGGUUCCAAGACGAUCCGCUUGAACCUCGAGUUCCUCUACCGCAAUAAUCACACUGACCUUAGUAUUCUGAACAAGGUCCGCGAUAGUCUGGAAGGUCGCAACUCCAUCUUCCAUACGGCUGUCACCUUCUGCAACGCGUUCAUGAAUCAAGGAACUACCAAUGACAAGUUCUUCAGAGACAACCUCGAGUGGUUGGGAAAGGCGGUUAAUUGGUCCAAGUUCACGGCCACUGCUGCGCUUGGUGUCAUCCACCGUGGAAACUUGUCGCAAUCCCGCAAGCUGCUUGAGCCCUACCUUCCCCGGCAGGGUGGCCUCAGUAGUGGCUCCAUCUUCAGCCAGGGUGGUGCUCUCUACGCAUAUGGUCUCAUCCACGCCAACCACGGCGCUGAUGCUCUAGAUUUCCUCAAGACCCAGUUUAAUCAGGCAGAAGAGGAAGUUGUUCAGCAUGGUGGUGCGCUAGGUCUAGGCAUUGCCGGUAUGGCCACUGGCGAUCAGGAAACUUUUGAAAAACUCAGAGACGUUUUGUUCCAGGACUCUGCCCUCAACGGUGAAGCCGUUGGUGUCGCAAUGGGUCUCAUCAUGCUGGGAACGGGUAAUGUCAAGGCCCUGGAGGAUAUGAUCACUUAUGCUCAUGAAACUACCCAUGAAAAGAUCGUUCGUGGUGUCGCUCUUGGCAUGGCUCUCAUCAUGUACGGUCGCCAGGAAGGUGCUGACGUUUUGAUCGAGGGUCUUCUCAACGACCCUGAUCCUACUCUCCGCUACGGCGGUAUCAUGACCGUCGCCAUGGCUUAUUGUGGUACUGGAAGCAACAAGGCUAUAAGAAAGCUCCUCCACACAGCAGUCAGCGAUGUCAAUGAUGAUGUCCGUCGUAUCGCUGUCAUGAGCUUGGGUUUCAUCCUUUUCCGCAAGCCUGGCAGCGUGCCUCGCAUGGUUGAGCUUCUAUCCGAAUCAUACAACCCCCAUGUUCGCUACGGCUCUGCCAUGGCCCUAGGCAUCUCAUGCGCCGGCACUGGCCUAGACGAGGCCAUCGAUCUUCUGGAGCCCAUGAUGAAGGACCCUACUGAUUUCGUGCGCCAGGGUGCUCUCAUCUCUCUUGCAAUGAUCAUGGUGCAGCAGAACGAGGUGAUGAACCCCAAGGUUGCUUCGAUCCGCAAAACUUUAAAGAAGGUCUCUGGCGAUCGCCAUGAGGACGCAAUGACCAAGUUUGGUGCCGCGCUUGCACUUGGUAUCAUUGAUGCAGGUGGCCGAAACUGUACCAUCGGUCUCCAAACCCAGUCGGGCAACCUCAACAUGGCUGGUAUUGUUGGCAUGGCUGUCUUUACACAGUACUGGUAUUGGUUCCCAUUUACGCACUUCCUGUCUCUUAGCUUCUCGCCCACCGCUGUUAUUGGGCUGGAUCAUGACCUGGAGAUUCCCGACUUCAAGUUCCACUGCGCCACUCGUCAAAGCCUCUUUGACUACCCGCCUGAGCAGGAAGUUAAGACUGAAGAGGGCCCCGCACUUAUUGCCACUGCCAUCCUAUCUACAACCGCGCAGGCCAAGCGCAGAGCUCAGAAGAAGGAGCGCGCUCAGCGCCGGGAGAGUAUGGAUAUUGACCCUACUCCCUCCAAGAGCGGCGGUGAUAAGAUGGAUAUUGAUGAGGAGAAGCCCAAGGACAGCGGCAAGGAGGGCGAGGAGAAGGAGUCUAGUGAAACCAAGAAGAAGCCCGAAAAAGAAAAGGUUGGAUACGAGCUGGAGAACAUGAGCAGGGUUCUGCCAGGCCAGCUCAAGUACAUCAGCUUCCCGGCUGGGCGAUACAGGCCGGUCAAGAAGCCUACCGGCGGACCUCUUCUGCUUGAUGAUACGCAACCCAAGGAGAGCAAGUCUCUUUUAGAAGAGAAGCUGAAGAAGGCGACGAUUGAGCGUGCGCCCAUUGCUGCUGUUCAGCGCCUCGGCGGUCGACCCGGUGGCAGCCGCACGCUCGACAGCUUGGAGGACUCGCGUCGCGGGCCCGACACGACUAGCAUGCUUGACUUGUUAUCAGGUCAAGACAACGCAGAACGCACCGCAGAAUUGCAGGAGCUCGGCCGGCGUUAUCCCAGUCCUUUACGGGGACCGCUCAACCCGCAUAUCGAGCGAGACGACGAGGUCGAGGAGGCUAACAAGCCUGAUGAGUUUGAUUACUUCACGGACAGCAGCGACAUUGAAUAG